AUGCCUCAUCAGCGACGAAAGUCUGGACCUUACUCUACCCACUCAUCAACGACAGACGUACGAAAGACUGUUGCUGCAACUCCUGCGCAUUACAAGCGACCAGCCAUGACCCGACGACACACUCCAUCCAGUGCCCAGAAGCUGGGACGAGGCAACCGGGAGUACACCGAGGUCUAUGAGAAUGAAAGGGAGAGCUUCCCUCAGUUUUGCAUGACCUGCGAAAAGCAAUUCAUCCCCCACGGCGAGAUGCUAUACUGCUCCGAGACAUGCCGCUGGAGCGACCAAGACUCGUCUUCGCAGCAACCGUCUUCGGUUCACAGCUACUUCAGCGCCGCGCAUACUGCCCAGCCCAACUACACUCUGGGCAAGCCCGAGCCCCGUGACAUUGUGCCGCGAGCAUCACCGUCGAGGCCCAGCUCCAUGCACUUCACAAACUCCCCGCCAGCAACGCCAGGCAGCACCCUCAACUACCACACCUCGGCCAUGUCUGCCCUGCGAUCGCUCAACAUGAGGCCGCCCAGCCCUACUUCGCCCACGGGCAGUGGCAUCUGGCCCUUCAGCCGCAGCUCGGCCACCAGCCCCAACAACUCGUACACGCGACACUCAUCCGGCCACACAUACGACCCGGGCUACGGCAGCGCCUACUCACACGAAGCUGCAUCUGGCGGCAUGGAGCGACCACUACCGCCACGAAACCCUGGCAGCAGCUCCAGCUCUCGGCCAAAGAGCAUCGAGCUGCUAGUCCCCAUGUUUUCACGGUGA